CAACUUUACCUAUUCCUUUCUCCCUCUUCCCCCAAUUCGAUUAGAAUUAUCGCGGAAACUCUAUGUUGCUGAAAAUCGCUACCGCCUCUACCCUCCUUUUGGCCGCCUCCACUGUCGUGGCAAGCAAGCAAUCGGUCCUUCAUUCCGAGGGCUUAGCACCCAUUAUCUCGGCAGUCGAGGCCGAACUGGUCCCAGAUUCAUACUUUGUGGUCUUCAAGGAUGGUGCCCGAGCGCAGGAUCAAGCUGUUUGGAUCCGCGAGCUUCACCAUCAGAACCUUCAAGUGAAUGGGGCCACCUGGGUCCAUGUCGGCAAUGACGGCAUGACGAGUGGUGUCAAACAUGUGUACGAUAUGGGCUCGUUCCAGGGUCUGGCAGGACGGUUUAGUCCUGGACUUCUAGAGCAGAUCCGCAGAAACCCCAAUGUCGACUACAUCGAACACGACCAAUUCGUGUACGCCUCCGACGUCCAGGUAGACGCCCCCUGGGGUCUAGCACGCAUCUCCCACCGCAAGCCUCUAACUGCCAAGGACUCGCAUAGGUAUAUCUACGACCCCGAGGGUGGCCAAGGCGUUGUCGUCUUCGUAAUCGAUAGCGGUAUCAACAUCGAGCAUGAAGAAUUCGAGGGCCGAGCUGACUGGGGCGUAACCAUCCCUCGAGAGGAACUCGACUUGGACGAUAUCGGCCAUGGAACCCAUGUGGCGGGCACAAUCGCCAGUCGAGCGUACGGUGUCGCCAAGAAGGCUAAUGUCGUGGCCGUAAAAGUCUUGGGCUGGGACGGUACUGGUACGACCUCUGACCUCGUUGCCGGAGUGGAUUAUUCGCUUAAAGUUCACCUAGGGCUUCAGGAGCGACAGAAGGAGAAAUAUCGAGGCUCGGUCGCGAACAUGUCCCUUCGGAGCGAGAAAUCACGGUCGCUGGAUGGAGCGAUCACGAGCGCGGUCGAGCAGGGUCUGCAUUUUGUGGUGAGUGCCGGAAACGAUGAUGAGGACGCCUGUAAGUUCUCGCCUUCGGGGAUCGAGGCUGCAGUGACAGUGGGGGCUUCGACGGUGGGCGACCGGAGAGCGGUUUUCUCGAACCAUGGUCCGUGUGUGGAUGUGUUUGCGCCGGGGACGGAUGUGGAGUCAGCAUGGGUGGGGAGUAAGGUUGCGAAGCAGAAAGCUUCAGGGACGUCGAUGGCUUCGCCGCAUGUUGCCGGAUUGGUUGCGUACUAUCUGUCACUGGCCCCGGAGAGCGAGUCUGGGUUCUUUUCGGGACGGAUCUCACCAAAAGAGAUGAAGGAGCUUUUGAAGGAGACGGCAACAAAGGGCAUGUUGAAAGGCCUCAAUUCAAAGACGCCUAAUUUGUUGGUCUACAACGGAAGAAAGACAACUACGACGGAUGAUGAGAAGAUCGAGUAGCAGAGCGGUGAAGGAGAGAGAGGAUCCUCUUUAUUAUUGCAAUCUAAUUUAUGGUAUAUACGCGUAAUACAGCAAGAACAUGAGAUACGAAAUAAGCGAC